AUGAUUCGGCCUAAUAUAGAUCCAAGAGACUUACAUGGCGUCUUUUAUGAAAAUGGAGAAAAGGCUAAUCAGUUAUAUGCAAUUAGUGAGGCGCGCAUAAGAGUCGAUCAUUUCUGCGACGCAGAUUUGAGAUCUUUAACCUGUUUGACUAAAUUUUAUUUGUACGGCGGGACUGUCAGUGUCAAACUGCCAACUUCUCUUGUGCGACUUGAACUUCAUAACCAUUCUAAAGCAGAGAAUAUCGAUCAAUUGACACAACUCACUUAUUAUAAAAUGGAAAAUAAAAUGAUCAUUGGAGAAGAUGAUGUUAAAAACCCGGCUAAUACGCCUUGCCAAAAGGCUGAUGAAGAUAAAGAAAAAGAAGAACAAAAAUGGUCAUACGAUAGAACUAAUUCGUGCAAUGAUGAUGACUACGUGAGAGCUAUGAGAGAAGAACAAGGACCAAUCGACUUACAACCCAACUGGUAA